AUGUCUUCAAUGCAGUCUCAGUUAGCUAUCCAGGUGACCCCCACGGCGACGUACCAGAGCAUAGAGACCGUAUUCGAGCAGUCGCAGCCAAACGAGGGAGAGGUCGGAAGCAACCCAUGCCAGCGCACUUUGACACCGCCUUCAUUAUCGACGCAGACGCCCCAAUCGAUGGACUCGGACCACAAGACCCACGGCACGAGAGUCGCGCGUGUCCGCGCUAUCUUCAACCUUCCAAAGCAGUUCGGAUCACUGCCGCACCCUCUUGCGUACGUCGAGUGGUACACCCCACUGCGGCGCAAGGAUCCAGAGACCAAUCUAUACUUGGUCUCUCGCUCCACUCGCAAUGGCAAGCCUAACGCCAGUAUUGUCAGCCUCGACAAGAUCCGCCGCGCCGCCCAUUUGAUCCCAAAAUAUGGUAGGAAAAUUAGCAGAGAUCUCACCAAGGACAACGCGCUCGAUGUCGCGACGGAGUUCUGGGUCAAUUCGUACAUCUCAGUCGAUCUCAGGACAAGCCAACCUAGCUGA